AUGGUGGAAGUCAACGUAGAACCCGAUGGAAGCACAACGUUUGAAAAUGCUGGAGAAGAUGCAGGAGCAGGUCAAGAAGAAGCGUUCACAGGAGGAGAGGAAGCUGGGGCAGGGGAAGAAACUAUGGAGGAGGUAGCCAAGGCCAUUGACCCAGCUAUCUACCUGCUGAUUGCCGUGGUCAUUUUCUUGAUUGGGUUUGUCAUUUAUCAGCGAAAGAAAAAAGAAGAGGAAGAGGACGAUUUCUUUUCCAAUCUCGAUGGAGAGAAGUUUAAUUUGAAGCUACCAGCAGAAGUAGACGAAUACUAUACCAUCCGAGCCAAGUGCGAGUCGGCUGGAUGGAAACCAGGAAUGGCCAAAUCAGCAGAAAACCAAGGUCCCCACCGAGUCAUGGCGCAAGCUCUGAUGAAGCGAGCAAUUGCCGAUAUUCCCGUAGUCACACAUAUACAAAAGGAAUCGGCUGGCAUGAAUAAACUGUACUCUCAGUCUAUGUGUUCGGUCAAGCAGUGGAGAGCUUAUCAGAAUGCCGAAGCCAUGGUGUCGCAAGAAGUGGAAGAAGUCCGAGCGGAAGCGGAUGAGAUUGAGCCGGGUUGGAGUCAGGCCAUUUGGAGACAGGCGAUGCAAUAUCAUCAAAUGCUGAAGCAAAAGCAUGAACAAGAGGCCAAGGCACUGGACGAUCAGGCCAAGAGACGAAAGGAAAUUGAAGAAAAAGUAAACGCUGAAAAGAUGAAGCAAAAAGCCGAAAAGGAUAAGGCAGAUGCUGCCGAGAAGGCGGCACAAGAACUGAUCAAAGAAGAGGAACGUGUGAAGAACAGCAAAAAGGCGUUUGCGGCUGGAGGUGGCAUGAAGAAAGGGUUCUUGGACCAGAAGAAAAAGUAA